AUUGACCAAUUUCAAAAUUAAAAAAAUAUUAGAAUUUACACAAAAUAAAAAUUGUUUAGCUAACGUAGUUUAAAUGGUAGAGUGAAUAAAAGAUGACAAUGAACGAUAAUCCUCUAAAUUCAUUAAUUUUACCAAUUCUAAUACGGCCGAUCCUAUUACAGCUUGAAAAGAGAGAUGUAGUGGCAUCACAGACAUUAAGGAACGCAUUGACGAAAGCUGAACAAACAAAUCCCGGACUUACAUAUGAAUUAGUUAAAGGAAUUAUUCAAAAAGGGAAUUUAAAUGUUAAUAUGUAUGAAAGUAUUUUAAGACUACAAGGUGCUCAACAACAACAGUCCCAGUCAAUAUCAUCUGAUUCAUCAGACUUGAUAGAAUAUAGACUAAACAGAACUGAAGAUGCAUUCCAAGAAUUAAAUAAGAAGUCAGCUGCACUCAAACGCAUUCUGAGUCGAAUCCCAGACGAGAUUACAGAUCGGCGAACUUUUUUGGAAACUAUCAAAGAAAUCGCAAGUGCCAUUAAAAAAUUGUUGGAUGCUGUAAAUGAAGUUGUUAGCUUUAUCCCGGGGAUAUCAGGAAAACAGGCAGUAGAACAGCGCAAGAAGGAAUUUGUGAAAUAUUCAAAGAAGUUUAGUACAACUUUGAAGGAGUAUUUUAAGGAAGGGCAGGCUGAUGCGGUUUUUGUUAGUGCUCUAUUUUUGGUUCAUGUAACGAAUCAGAUAAUGAUAACAGUUAAAUCAAAAUGUGAAUAAUAAUCGUUUAUAUCUGAAUUUGAAAACGUUUUUUUGGUGAAAUUGAAUUUAGUUUCUUGAUUAAAAAAAAAAUUAUCAGUUAUUACUAAAAACAAUACUUAUGCUCUAACAAACAAUGACUAUGCUCAUGUGGCUACUUGUUAUGCUUUGUAAACAUAAAUAGCUGUCAAAUGAGGACAUUCUUUGUCUGGGGUAUGUAAUGUAAAUAAAAUUAAAGUAUAUUAUUAAUAUUAAUAAAAUAAUUGUUGAGUAGAUACAAUAUAUGACUAUUCUCUUUCAAUCUCUCUACGCAGGAUUGAUAUAUGGGCAUCUAGCUAAUCUAAUUGCGAUUAAAAGUAUUUUAUAUUGGGAUUGAUAUUUUAACGGUUUUCCAAAAUUUGAAUUAUAUGUUCAAAAAAUGUAUUUUGAAUACAUGAAAGACGUUAAAUUUCCAAAAGUUAUAACUUCAUAUAUGAGAUUUGUAUUAACUUAAAAGUGAAUUGAACUGUGGCGAUUUACAUUAAAGCGACUAAUCUAUUGAAUGAAAAGCAUUAGAAAUAGAAAAUGGAAAAAGUAUUACUCAUUCAAACUGACAUCAUCAUACAAUUGCAAUAGUCAAGUUAUAGAUACCCACAUAGCAACCCUAUUUUAAUCCAAAAAUUCGUUCAAAAAAGAUUCUGCUAGCUGUUCGAUCAAUUCCUCAAGAAGUGAAAUAUGAAAUGUUAAAAUUCACGGAAUGGCGAUAAAAAUUAAUUUUAUCAAUUUAUUUCCUAGUUCGUUUAUAUUUUUUUUUCUCAUUACAAAUGCUUCAGUUACGAAAAAAAGUUCAUUCAAUUAAUAUUAUUAUUAUUAUUUUAUCAACUAAAAGCCUGUCACACAGUUCAUUAUUUAUGUUUGAUCGCGACGAUUUUAAUUUAGGUUUGACUCUUAUCACACUUAUAAACACUCACACAUAACUGUAAUCACAUUUAACAACGUUUUGUUUUUGUUUGCAAUUAUGUCACUAAAUCGGUUAUCAAUAAUCA